AUGGAGAAUGAAGAUUUCUUAAGAAGUACUGGUCAAGGAAGAGAAGAAAGACAUGAGGAAAUGAGAAAACUUGCUUCAUCCCACGAUGAUUCUCAUCAAGAACACGACCAUGUAAUAAGAUCCCAGCUGGAGUCUAUUAGAGUCGAGAUGGAGGAGGCUAAAGAGGAAAAUCGAAGGCUAAAGUCAUCAUUGAGCAGAACGAAAAAGGAUUUUGAGAUCCUGCAAACACAAUACAACCAAUUAAUGGUGCAACAUGACGACUCGAAUAAUAAGUUCUCACCGGAAGGCCAUCAUCAAGACAAAGGAAACAUUAGCGAGCGCGAGGAACUUGUUUUGUUGAGCCUUGGCUCAAUGACGAAUAAAGAAGAAAAAGGGAAAGGCUUAAUGGAUGAAACUGGUGAUGGCAAGAAAAUUGAUGAACAUGAAAAAAGUAGUGAUCAAGGGUUAAGUAUGAGAUUUGAAUAUGAGGAUUUAAGUAAUCCUAGUGAGAAGUUAGAGAUUGACCAUAGUCAAGAAAAGACAACCUUAGAGGUUAGUAACAAUAAUAUGAUCCCAUCAGAAAAUAGUUAUGGGUUUAAGAAUGAUGGAGAUGAUCAUGAAGAUGAAGAAGAGCUUUUGCCUCAAAACCUGGUUAAGAAAACUAGGGUUUCUGUUAGAGCAAGAUGUGAGACACCAACGAUGAAUGAUGGAUGUCAAUGGAGGAAAUAUGGUCAGAAAAUAGCUAAAGGGAAUCCAUGUCCUCGAGCUUACUAUCGUUGCACCAUUGCACCUUCUUGUCCCGUAAGAAAACAGGUACAAAGAUGUUCAGAAGAUAUGUCUAUUCUUAUCUCAACUUACGAAGGAACACACAACCAUCCACUUCCCUUGUCAGCAACCCCCAUGGCAUCCGCCACUUCCGCCGCAGCCUCCAUGCUCCUCUCCGGAGCCUCCUCCUCCUCCUCCUCGGACGCAGCCGAUCUUCAUGGCCUUAACUUCUCCCUAUCCGGCAAUCCAAAACCCACAUCACCACCUUUCCUCCAAACCUCUUCUUCUCCUUCUUCUUCAGGCCAUCCCACCGUCACUAUCGACCUCACUGCCUCCUCCUCGUCGCAACAAACGUUCUUAUCAAUGCUCAAUAGAUUCAGUGCUCCUCCUAAUAAUAAUGUCUCAAGAUCUAAUAGUUAUCCCUCCACCAAUCUCAACUUCUCAAACAACACCAACACAUUGAUGAACUGGGGUGGAAGUAGUGGUCAUAACAAUGAGCAAUACCGUGCAGCUUACGGCAACAUUGGCAUGCAUCAGCAAUCACCUUACAACCAUAUGAUUCAAACCCGAACCACGGGGUCAUCUUUUGACAUAUUUGGAAGAUCGUCUUCAUCUUCUCUACAUCCUACGCAAACCAAUCUUGAUCACGUUGGGAUCAAGAAUAUUACUCAUCAAGUGCAAACUUUACCGGCGGAAACAAUAAAGGCGAUCACGACUGAUCCAAGUUUUCAAUCGGCUCUUGCGACUGCUCUCUCUUCCAUCAUAGGCAGCGAUUUAAAGAAGGAUAGUGUGACUAAAAAUGAAGCCAAGAAGAGCCCUUAA